AUGGAUUGGUACGGGCACAGCCUAUCCUACCCCUGCGCCACCUCGUCCCGCACCGACUGUCCGUCCCUGCGUCGCCCGCCCUGCCCCGGCCGCCCGCCCCCGCCCUGCAUCAGCCACCUGCCCCUGCAUCGCCUCGCAUCGCCGUCCCCCCCCCCCCGCCCCUGCGCCACCUCACCGCGCCGCCCGGUCACCCCGACAACUCCCCACCUCGCCUCGACCGUCGCCCGCCCGUGCCCCACCCCGGCCACCCGCCCUCGCCCCGCCGUCCCCGCCCCGCCCGUCGGCCCCGCCGUCCCCGCCCCGCCCGUCGGCCCCGCCGCCCGGUCGCGCCGCCCCUGCCCUGCCUCUCUGCCCCACUGCCCAGCGGCCCGGCACGGCCCGUCGUGCCGCAACCGUGCCCGGGCUGACCCGGCACGAUACUGUGCUUCACGGACCGUACCGUGGGCCGGCACAGCACAGUCUGUUACAGUAUCUGCGCCUAUCGGGCCGUAUCGUAUCCGGGCCGUGCCGAGCCAGGCUAGCACGACUAGCCCAUUUGGCUAUUUCUGA